GCAGCGCCUUCUUUUUUGUACGGAAGGGUUAUUUCCCAUUCUCCCCCCCACCGGCCUUGGAUGAGACUCUUCCCUCUGGGAUCUCCCUCUCGGUCUCUCACCCCCUUAUUUAUGCAUAAUCCUCCCUCUAGCCCACCCACCGCCCUCCUCUCUCUGGCCGGGCUUGUGUUUUAUUGACGCGAUGGGGGUCACCCUUUCGUUCAAGCUGGCAGCUCGCCGCUUCCGCGGCCAACCCUUUGUGCAAAACUGCGCGGCGACAAGGCGUCCGCGGCUGGGCGGGAGGCUUUUAAACGCCUGGAUUUCAGGGCGGUAACAAAAGGCAAAAAGGAGACACGGGCGCGCGUACAGCUUUUUGGGCCGCGGCCAGCGGUAGCAGCGACAACAAACACGGCGGCGGGGAAGAUCUCGAGUACAACUUCCAACCCGAAAUUAAUCUUUCCAACCUGAUGCAUCAUACAUUAUGGUUCAUGUCAACUUGGUUAGAAAAUGGAUAUAUAUCCUCCUGGCGUUCAUUUUGGUUCUGACUGUUUGUUUGUGGAAGGAAUCGCGGAAAGGGUUUUAUGUUUCUUUUAAAACAGAAAACCAAGCCAAUCACAUACAGGUGAAGCUGUGGAGGUGGGACAUCCUAAAACAAGGAACUGCCCAGGAUAAAGCUGUCAAUGGCACAGGCAAGGUCCUUUCAUCGAUCAAUGUAUCCCAAGUUAAUGUUGCUGCUUCUAUAAUACCAGCAGGAAGUAAGUUAGUGGUAAAGCCCAAUAAAUCACCAACUUUCAUCAAAGUGUGGAACAAGGACAGUUCAUCCAAAAACCUCAACCCCAGACUGCAAAAGGUGAGGAAAAACUAUCUGUACAUGAACAAGUAUCGUGUGAAGUACACUGGACCAAAGUGUGCUGUUAAAUCCAGCCCUGAGAAGGUGUUGUGCCAGCUCCGGGAACGUCUGAACUUUGGGAUGAUAACCACAUCAGAUGGCCCCUUUAACACAUCAGAAUGGGAGUCAUACCUCCCAAGGAAAAACAUCAGCAUGGAACUGGGCCAGCUUGGCCGAUGCGCAGUCGUGUCCUCUGCAGGAUCCAUGAAGUCAUCCCAUUUGGGAGAAGAAAUAGACAGCCAUGAUGCAGUGCUGCGGUUUAAUGGAGCCCCUACUAAAGGGUUUCAGGAUGAUGUAGGGAAGAAAACUUCAAUACGCCUUGUUAAUUCCCAGCUUAUUACUGUUGAAGAACAGAAGUUUGUUACAGACCCACAGUAUAACUCUGGAACCUUAAUUGUGUGGGAUCCAGCACCAUAUCACUCAGAUAUCUACGAGUGGUACCAAAAACCAGACUACAAUUUCUUUAAAAGCUACAAGCAGUAUCGGAAAACGUAUCCUGAACAACCUUUUUAUAUCCUGAAUCCCCACAUGCAGUGGCAGCUCUGGGACAUCCUUCAGGAAAACUCACCCGAGGAUAUUCAGCCAAAUCCUCCCUCUUCAGGAAUGCUCGGCAUUGCUAUCAUGAUGAACUUCUGUGACGAAGUGGAUGUUUACGAGUUUCUUCCUUCCAAAAGGCAGACAGACAUUUGUCACUAUUACCAGAAGUUCUUUGACCAAGCCUGCACUAUGGGGGCCUACCACCCGUUGCUCUUUGAGAAAAAUAUAGUGAAGCACCUUAAUCGAGGCACAGAUGAAGACAUUUACACUCAUGGGAAAGUGACUCUAACUGGUCUGAGGAAUGUACACUGUUAGAACUGUGAAUCCCUCCUUCUGGGCUUGGAAACUCUUCUCAAAUUGAAAGGCACUUUUAAUUUUUUUUAAAAAAUCAAAAGGUGGGCAAGUUGUUAACCAUUCUUCCAUUCAGUAAGCCUUAAUUUGUGACUGCAGAAUGAAAUACUGUAUACUUCAGCAGAGACAUGUAGCAUAUGAUCUAACAUGUUCCCUGCAGUCAAGGGGAUGUAGGGAUCUGCAUGAAUGCAAUGGUAGAGCACAGAAUAUUAACUAUAGUGAAGAACCUGGAUCUCAGAAAACUACAGAGUCAAGUUUCUAGCCCUUAUGGCUGCAUUUUAAAAACUUUGAACAUGUAUGAGUAUUUUCUUUUAAGAUCAGACACAAGAAAGCUCUAGUUUAGGCCUCCACUGUUUAGGAACUGCGUCAUUUUUCAUUCCUCUGUCUCAGAAUACUCCAGUCCUUAACUCAGGAACACCUACAAUCAGGGCUGUGCAUAUGGAUUCUGCAGUUACAGUUGGUUUUGGACUGAGAAUUCUGCAUCCUGAAGAUCUCAGUUUCUCCCCCCCCCCCCGGCCAUAAUGGCUUUCUAGCUUUCAAGGUGUGAAAAUAGAUUGUAUUUACACAACCAAUGACAAAUGAAUUUGGAAAGUAGGGAUGACCAAGUUUUCAAGUGAUUAGGAGUCAGGGCUUCUGUGUGCCUAUUAGGCUCUGACCAGCGUCUGCCCCUGAUUGUUGGAUGUCGAGACAAGGAUAUGGUCCAAACAAACUUCUCUGAGGCUUGCUCCCAGGUAAGUGCCAGAGAAGACCAUGGAGCAGGGGAAGGAAUCCAGAGUCAAGUGCUGUUAUUAACAGUGAUGUGUUGUCCAGACUAAUGAGCAAGUUUUGAGGCUUUAUUGACCUAGGUGAGCAGGGAUUGGUCUGUGUGGUCAGUACUGCAGCCUAGGUGGUGCCCUUAUAUUGCAGUGUUUAGUCAGCCAGGUUUUCUGCAGAGGGCUGAGUGGCACGUGACACCAGGUGUCAACUGUUGGGUGCCCCUGGCUCCUUAUGCUGUCAUAGCUAUUGUCCUUACUAAGACACACAGAAAUAGAAUAAGUGUAAAAUAAGCAAAUGUACACUAUUUUGUUUCAUUUGCAUAAUUUAUGCAGGUUGCAGAAUUCCCCUUUUCUUGGCAAAGAAUUUUGAAGGUGUUUGUCUUGUUUUUCCAUUGUAGAGUCUGUGCCAGGCCUGCCUGUAGCUUAGUAGACCUGAGAUUCCCUAUUGCUCCUUCUUCCUGCUAUCCAGUGCCUGGACUUAAAAUUUCAUAUUAUAUAAAACCGUGUCAAAACAUGUUAAAAAUGAACACCUUUGUGCUAAUUUUAAUGACUUGUUUAUUUUAUUCCCACUGCAAAAGAGUGCCGUGGUUACAGAAGAGAUGUUCUGAGUAUCUAAGACAUCCCUGCUUAUGGAAAUUAAAAUAGUGUCUCUGUGUUAUGAGAACUGACCUCCGUAAAACACUGAACAAUCAUGUCAGCUGGACACUGGCAAUGCGAUAAAGUACCAAGUUCUGUUGGAUGCUUGCGAUGCAAUCUUUUUAUAGCACUGCAGCUAUUAGUCAGAUGAAGUCAGUGUGGUGUUGAAAAAAAGAACUGGGGCCAGUCUUUAAAAACAUGGCUCCUAAGUGUAUUGAUCCAUGCUUGUCACCAAAGAUGGAUCCACAAAAGAAAACACAAAACCCCACCAAGGGAAUUGUUUUAAUAUAUUCGUUCCUAGAGCAGGGAUGGGAAAUACCUGGCCCUUCAGAUAUUGUUGGAUUAGAGUUCCCAUCAUCCAUGACCACAGCUUUUGGAACAACUUCCAAAAGUCCAGCAACCCCGGGAUGGCCACAGGUUCCCCAUCCCCAUUCUAGAGCCGGAUGAAAGUUUUUAUUCUGCAAUAUGGUAGACUGGGUAAUUGUAAUGCAUUUAUUCUCAUAGAAUUAUAGAAUUGGAAGAGACUCAAAUUCAGCUAAUCCAACCCUAUUUUACAAGGAGUAUUCUAAUCUCUCUCCAUCCCCACAGUGUGCUGCCACAGGAACCCCCAAAAGGUACAUGCCAAGCUAGCUAGCUUCAGACGGGUGCCACAGGUUAAAACUAAAUUAUGCCACGUGUUAGCUUGGUUUUUCUAAGGCUGUUCUUUUGUAUUCUGCUUCUCUUCUGCAGCUUCUUGACAUCUUCACAAUGGAAGGUAUGAAAUGAAAGUGCACUGAUGAUGGGUGUCCACUUCAGAGAUGAUCUAAAAUAAUCUAGUAGUUUAAUUUUAAAGUCAUUUUUCAAAAAACAAGAAUUUGCUUUCUCCAGGAAACACCCAAUCUUGAUUUUCCACAGCGAAUGAGUAUUCAGAAUUUGCAGUUACCUCUUUCAGAAAACUUUGUCAUUGCAGUGACAAAGUUAAAGUCAUGCUGUAGAACUACAGGUUAACUCAUUUGCCUUUUGGAAGUGUGCCAUUCUAACCCUAGCUGCUUUUGGGUGUCUUGGCAUCCCUAUGCCUGUUACAAGAAGUUAAACUUGGCACAUGUACUGCUAUGUGCACUGGGGAGGCAAACCCCAUUUGAAUAAACCAUGGCAGCAUUGUUUUGGCAGGCAAAUGUGUGAAUCCACAUAAACCUACCAUUUCAUCUUGAGUCUUUAGUACAUUUUAAGUGCAAUGGCUAGGGUAUUGCUGGAAUCAGAUGCAAUUGGUAGAAAGUAACACCUGUUGUCAUCAUCUGUAACUAAUAUGGCAAAAGUCAUGCCAUUUACUAACCAUGUAUAAAACCAACUGGGUAAAGUCCUACCAUCAAAUAGAGCUGUUUUCUUUUAUCUUAAAUCAGGUUAAAUUUAAGUUUUGGCAAUUUGCAUUUGAGUAUUAUUCAAGAUAAUAAUCCAUAUUUCAUCUUCAUGUGUUUUUACAUCUCUGUUGCUUUUAAUGCUUCCUGAAAAAUCUGUCUUGCUUCACAGGCUCUUUUCCUUCGGUUUUGUGAGUCCACACCUAUUCCCCUCCUCCCGCCAACUUCCCAUUCCCUUUCCUUUCAGUGCUCAACUUCUUCAUCUCUUCCAGUCCCCAGAGAGUUCCCAGUAAGUUUAGUCCUUUACUCAUUCCACAUUUACUUUCUGGCCACAUUCAUUCGUUCCGAAGACUUCAGCUGUCUCUGACGAAAACUCCCAGAUCUGGGGGUUUUUUCUGAACUGCCUCACAACUCUGCCUCACAUCUCCUAACACUUAUUGAGCAUUGAUCUUAGAGUCAACUUCAGCUUUCUUUUUCAACAAAUCCUCACUGCUCUAGGACUUCACACAAAUGGGAUUUUUCUCCUGUAAGCCUAAUUGCCAUAUGAGGGGCCCAAUUUUUGGAGGUAGGUGGCAGUGGGGGAGGAAAGGGUUAUCCUUCCCCACCACAUGCACUGCCACUCCUGAAAAUCACUGUAAAGCAAUUAGGCUUUAGGGGGGGAAAGUCCCAUUUGUACAUGAAUUGGGGUGUAAGGGAGUGAAGAAAGCAAAGGGGGAGCAGGAGAGAAGGGGAGACAGAGCGAGAAGAUGGUGCAAGACAGCAGGAGAGGUUUCAAUGGCUGUGUGAAUGGGAGGGCACUGUAUGGUGUUUGGAUGUGGCAUUAACCCCCUCCACCACUGGACCCCAGAAGGUUCCUCAUGAGAGAAUGUGGCCCUCAGGCUGAAAAAGUUUCCCCACUACGUCUUCAUCCUCAGUAUCACCAUGUCCUUCCCCCUUUUUUGCACCUAUCAUUAGACCUCUUUUCCAUAUCUAGUGAUCUGUCCUUGUGAUUGUUGUGAAAAGAAAAAUCUUUUUUUUUUUUUGCCCUGCUUCAGUCAAUGUUCAAUGCCUCUUUUAAAACCAUCUUCUCUACAGGCAAAUUGCCCUUCUCCUUAGCCUUUGUAUCGGAUCAAUGUCAAGCCCCUGAUACUUUCUUGAAAGCUAUUAGACGCUAUGUCCUGGUUAGCGCUCCACUUGUAACCCCUUUGCCAACAAUAUGUGGUGCAUGAGAAUGAACACCAAAUGAAUUCAUGAUAUAUUUGAGGUGGUUGAGUGUGUGCAAACACCACACACGUUUUACCAAUGUGGGGAGCUCCCUACCACAUGUAGCUUCUUCCAGUGUGAUGGUGUGUACACCAGGGUUAGAGAAUCUGCAGCCCUCCAGAUGUUGGACUUCCAAUUUCUAUCAGCCUCAGCUAGCAUGUCCAUUGGUCUGGGAUGGGAUCUGAAGUCCAACAUCUGGAGGGCCACAGGUUUCCCAUCCUAUAAUAUUUGAAAUAGACCUAAAUUCUCUGUGUUCCACACAUAAGCCAUUUGUUUCCUUCCCUCACUCUGAAAGUCGUAUCUUCUGACAUACCUGCUCUCUUGACUUAGUACAGCCUUCCCUCCCCAUCCCCCACCCAUCCUGCUCCAUGAAGCCAAUAUCCUCUCUGCCUUCAGAUCCCAUCUUAGCCCCCAUUUCUUCCACAAGGCCUCUUCUGUAUAAUUAACCGUUCCUUGCCAUUUCUGGCUACAGGCUAACAGCACAAUCUUAUAUAUGUCCUAUACAAUUAAACUCCAGUGAGUACAAUGAGACUUUUACUCCUAGGUAAGUGGACCUAGGAUUACAGCCUUAAAUUUUGCUUAUCUUUACUGUACCGUACCAAGGCUUUUCUUCUUCCUCCAUCUUGUCCUCUCCAUUUAAUUCAGACAGUAGGUCCAAUGCAAAGAAAACAUGUUGCUUCAACUUUCCGUGUAAUGCCUGGCAGAGCAGUUGAGUAGCAGCCACUGUAGAAGGCCCUAGUUGGAUAGCAUACUGAGUGGCUUUCCAUGAAUCUCAGAUGAUAGGGUAGUGGAAUAGAAGUCUUAUUACAAGAAGCACUGUUUAGGCACACUAGUUUUGAGUAUCUGCAUAAUGUGACUUUCCCUGUCUCUAUGUGAAGGCAAUGAUGUGACUCAAUUAUAACACAGUAAAUCUAACUUACCUCAAGUCAGUGGAAGUUCUGAAUCCCAAGGGUUGUUGUAUUCAAUGUAGUGCUAAGGAGAACUUUACGAUGGCACAAGGGUUUCUCCUUGUGCAAUGGAAUGUUCUCCCCUUCUUCCCCUGCAUGCCACCCCUAAAUCUGUUCUGGAGGUUCCCCAACCCUCCAGGGGAUGGCACAGUGGGGAGGAGAGGAGAGAAAUUCCUUUGCACUAGCACUAAUCCUUGCACUAGUGCUUUUAUUUAGUUGAAUACUGCUGUAAGUUCUGAAUUCAGGCCAGUGUUGAAAAUAAUACUCUGUAUUUCAUUAUAGCUCCACAAAUGCCAUUGAAAUAAUAACUGCUUUGUUCCCAACUUCGUGAUUUCCAUUUUUAUGCACUUGCAAAGACUACUUUUAUCAAGGAAUGUUUCUUUGUUUUCAACAUGAAAUGAAAACGCAUCACCUCAACUAUGUGAUUUGUCAACAAUGAUCUUUAAAAUAGAUUGAAAUAAUUCCGAAGGAUCCAAAGAUGUAAAUUUUGUAAUAAAAGAUUUUGUAAAGUGAUAA